CCCCCCCUCAUUCCACCCCCCACCCUGCGGCCGGUGUGGGCGGGGCCGGGCCGGAGGAUGGACGCGGCGCUGCUCGCCGCCGCCGCCGUGCUCCUCGCCGUCCUCCUCUUCUUCGCUACCCGCCUCCGCGAUCAAGCGAGGGCAGCUGAUGAGGAACACCAGCAAAAUGUGGCAGCGGCAGCAGCAGCAGCCAGGCCCCGGCCCCAUACUGAAGAGCGGGGAGAUGGGAUGCCAAGGCGCCGGAGGAACAUGGGAAACCGGAUGAUGGCCCAGAGGAGAGCGCAGCAGGCGGAAGACUGGGUGGAAGAGGACGAUGAUGCUGAGGAGGUGCCAGAAUUUCAGGUGUCUGGGAAAAUUGGAGCAAAGAAGCAGAGGAAAUUAGAAGAGAAACAAGCCAGAAAAGCACAGAGAGAGGCUGAAGAAGCAGAGCGAGAAGAACGGAAAAAACUUGAGUCAAAAAGAGAGGAGGAAAGGCGAAAAGAAGAGGAGAGAAUACGUCUUGAGGAAGAACGACAGGAGGAGGAAAAAAGGAAAGCAAAGGAAGAAGAGGAGAAGAGAGAGUAUGAAGAAUACCUGAAGCUGAAGGAGAGUUUUGUAGUUGAAGAGGAAGGGGUUGAAGAAUCAAUGACAGAGGAAGAGUCUCGCAGCUUUCUAAUGGAAUUUCUCCAAUAUGUUAAGAAAACAAAGGUAAUCCAGCUGGAGGACUUGGCUUCACAUUUGGGUUUACGAACACAGGAUGCAAUUAACAGAAUCCAGGACCUGAUGGCAGAUGGCACUCUAACAGGUGUGAUUGAUGACAGAGGAAAGUUCAUCUACAUCACUCCAGAGGAGAUGGCUGCUGUGGCUCAGUAUAUCAAACAGAGAGGACGAGUCUCCAUCGCAGAGCUGGCCCAAGCAAGCAAUUCCCUGAUCAACCUCCAGCCUGACAGCCAAGCUGUUGCUCCAACUGUGGCAUGAAAUUGUGGCGUGAGAAAAAUACAGCAGGAGUUUAACCUUUUAACGAAUAAGCCACGUAAUUAAAAACAAACAAGAACUCCUCUAGUCCAUUCAUGGUGCUUGAAGAUAGGAUGCUCUUUUUAAGCAUCAGCUGCAAGACUUGAUCAAAAGUUUUGCUUUUCAUUCUGUUAGAGCUGGUAUAAAAUAAGACAGCCGUUUGUACAAUAGAGGCUAGCUAAGAACUUGGGGCUAAAAUGCUCCUGUACCCCAGGAAUACCAGUAAUUUAUAAAUGUUUACUUUAUCUUGGCAGUCAGUCUUAUGUGGCUAUACCCAAACUUCUUAUUGUUUCCAGAUUCUGAUGUCUGUUUCAAAUAUAUUUGGUUUUAAUUGCAUUCAGAAUUCUCCAGGCUUGCUCUGCACUUACAGAGCUGUUGUGGUGGGUUAACCCUGGCUGGACACCGGUGCCCACCAAAGCCAUUCUAUCACUGCGCCCCCCCCCCUCAGCUGGAUAGGGAAGAGAAAAUAUAGCAAAGGGCUUGUGGGUCAAGAUAAGGACAGGGAGACAUCACUCAACCAAUUACCGUCACGGGCAAAACAGACUCAACUUGGGGAAAAUUAACUUAAUUUAUUCCCAAUCAACCAGAGUAGGGUAAUGAGAAAUAAAACUAAAUCUCAAAACACCUUUCUUCCACACCUCCCUUCUUCCCGGGCACAGCUUCACUCCUGGAUUCUCUACCUACCCCCUGCCAGCGGCGCAGAGGGAUGGGGAGUGAGGGUUAUGGUCAGUUCAUCACACAUUGUCUCUGCCACUUCAUCCUCUUCAGGGGCAGGACUCAUCACACUCUUCCCCUGUUCCAGCGUGGGGUCCCUCCCAUGGGAGACAGUCCUUCACGAAUUUCUCCAACGUGGGUCCUUCCCACAGGCUGCAGUUCUUCACGAACUGCUCCAGCGUGGGUCCCCCACGGGGUCACAAGUCCUGCCAGCAAACCUGCUCCAGCAUGGGCUCCUCUCUCCACGGGGCCACAGGUCCUGCCGGGAGUCUGCUCCAGCGCGGGCUUCCCACGGGGUCACAGCCUCCUUCGGGCAUCCCCCUGCUCUGGCGUGGGGUCCUCCCCGGGCUGCAGGUGGAGAUCUGCUCCCCCGUGGACCUCCCUGGGCUGCAGGGGGACAGCCUGCCUCACCAGGGUCUUCCCCACGGGCUGCAGGGGAAUCUCUGCUCCGGCGCCUGGACCAUCUCCUCCCCCUCCUUCUGCACUGACCUGGGGGUCUGCAGGGCUGGUGCUCUCACAUGUUCUCACUGCUCUCUCUGGCUGCUGUUUCUGUGCCCAGUGCAGCUUUUUUUCCUUUCUUAAAUAUGUUAUCACAGAGGCACUACCACUAUCGCUGAUGGGCUCGGCCUUGGCCGGGAGCGGGUCCGUCUUGGAGCCGGCUGGCAUUGGCUCUGUCGGACAUGGGGGAAGUUUCUAGCAGCUUCUGACAGAAGCCACCCCUGUAACCCCCCUGCUACCAAAACCUUGCCACACAAACCCAAUACAGCUGUAUAAGUUUGCGACAAUGACAUAUACAGCUCAGAAUAAUAGGUGUAUGGGGGUAAGACUUGCAGAUUUUGUCUUCUGUAUCAACACUGGAAGGAUAGAGUAAAAAGAAAAUACUGCAAAUGUGUCUUUGUCCCUACUGAAAUAUAUAUUGAAACCCUAGAAAGGGUGCUUGCUAUGUUGUGAGAACUUCCAGAGGUCAUUUCAGAAAACCUUUGCUAUAUAAAUGUUUUGCUUGGUUUCUAUAAUGUAAGAAGUUCAUUCGCAGCCAAGCUGCGUUAUUUUUCUGUAGCCAAGAGAUAGAAACACCUCCAGGGAAAGGCUAACUUGCCUCAUUUAUUGUGCAGGCCAAUUCUUCUGAUACCAACCAGAUUCUGAUGAUUCAUCCUUUGAAGUGAGAGCCAGCUCAGUGUGUCUGAAGGCUUCAGACACCGCAGCCCCAUGGCCUUUGUAUUCUGGAUGUUUCGGGGUUGGGUUUUUUUUUUUUAAAUAAAAAAGUUCAGGCACUAGGAGUCAUGCAAUUAAUGUUACAAGUAAAUGAUUAUUAAUGUAUUAAUUGUAGGGGUCAAUAUAUUUCCUGCAUAAGAAUAUUUAUUUUUUUAAUAGCCUAACUGAUGCUAAUUCUGCUUUCUGAAAUCAACAGAAUCUAUGUGGGUAUACAGUAACUGGGGAGGGCAAGAGGUGAUACGCUAGUUUUGUCUCUGCCAAACUUAGAGAUAACUUGAGUAGACUAAAAGCUGCAUUAUCAGUGAGAUGAGAUAGCAAUAAAACAAUGGAAGGAAGCAUAUUUCCUUUUUAAUCUCUGCACUACUGCUGAAUGCGAUACUCUGCAGGAGUGCCGAGUUACAGUGCAGCACCACACAUUGAUGUGAAAGACUGGUACAUCAUUACUGUGUUGCACAACAAUAACCAGCAGAGAGAUUACAUCAGAUUUGAGGCUUGUAAAGUCUCUUAAUCAUUCAAAGUCUGAUUUUGCCAUGGUUUUUUUGUUCUGUCCUAAACUAUUCUUGUAAUAAACAAUAUUGAAAGAAUUGCA